UGCUCAAGCUUCCUAUGGCUGUACCUUCAAGGAAACUAAUACUUUUUCGGGUACAAAUCUGAAAUCGUAUAUAACACGGUCUCGGUUCAUGUUCAUAAACUGCACGUACUAAUUAAUUGGCGCGUAAUUUUUGUCUUUGUACAUAUUUAGCAAUAUGCGGCAUCUGUUUUCAUUCAGUUAGACUGAAUAUCCUGUGUAUCUGUACCGGUGGGGGUUAUUUAUGUGUGAAUGGUGUUAUUUUGUGGUAAUGACAUUGUUCCUAUAUUUUUCUUUAUGUUUUCACCAUGUCGUUGAACGUCGCCAGUGCCAUUUUGAUACUGCAACUGCAAGUUAUUGCUUGCUGCGGAGUACGGACAUACUUAUCCCCAUCGUUCUUUCUAUAAUAUUUUGCUAAAUAUUUAACUAAGCAUAAGUAAAAGCGGCCACUCGAAAGACGGUUAUAUUGCAUUUCGUUUACGGCUUUAUGUAAAUUCAUUAGGUCAGUACCAAUCAAGUUUUGAUGGCAAGCUGCACGGCCUCGGUUUCAGGUAUUUUGUUAGUAUUAACAAUAAUUGUGUACGCAAUCGAAUGCGCUUUCAAAAAUGCAAAACUUUGCCAGUCCGGCGUAAACUUUGGAAACUUGGAGCACGGUUUAGCAGGCAGAGACAAACGGCAAGUGGCGCGAAAUCCCUUUGGCGCAUCAGCAGCAAAUUUACGACAUGGGGAAAUUGCACCGCCGGCAAAUCCACGCUACGUAGGAAAUCCAGGUCGCGGACUGACGUAUCAGAAACCCUUCGCCCAGGUCAACGUAGCCAAUCCGCACCGGUUCCCGAGAAUUAUGUGAAGAGCGGUCCGGACGCUAGUCCAGACAAACUUGGCUCCUCACCAGACAACCGGGACAAAGUUUCUGGAGCUCCUGGUCCCGGUCCAAGAGGCCCAGAAUUCACGGUUGACGCUAGUCCCCGGUAUACUCAGCGCGGACAAAGUUUGUUAUACAACGGGAAGCCAUCAUUGUCUGUACUCGUAAGAAGACCAAUCCACACGCGAAUUAUCCAAUCGCCAAUUGUUCAGAUCAGCGACAAUUCAAGUGAAGCAACAACCACGCAGUUGUUUCCAAAAAUCGACAAUGCUUAUAUGAAAUAUCCCAGUUCGUUCGUGGAUCUAUCGAAAUCUGAACCGCAAACGGCUGCAUCGCUAAGAGCGUUGUUUGGGUGGUAACCAAGGUCCAACACAAUUUUUAUUGUAGGUUGUAUCUCGUAUUAUUUGUUCGGUUCUUUAUAAUUAUAUAAUUAUAUUGAUAACACUUGUCACGGCUGCAUCGUUUUUGUAUACAACUACCUUGUUCUACAUACAGAAUAGAAUCGCGGCUUUUUAAAACUUUGACUAUACUGUGCAGUAAUGUAUGCUGUGCACACGAGGAAUUGGGGAUCAAAACGUUUGCGUCAGGAAGUCUCCUGGUUCAUAAUAAUGACCAUUCAUUAUACAAUUUAAAAAUUAGUGCUAUUCUAUUAAAGAUGUCUCUACUAUUCAGUAAUCGAAUAAGCCUGUGCUGCAAUAACCGGUAAUUGUUUCCGCAUAUGAAAUCUGAUCAGUGCUUUACUGUACCAACCAUAAUAAAUUAUAUUCAUGCACAUAUUCAAUAGUAAAAAUCAAUCUUCUGAUGUAAUAGCUGCUACUGAUAUAUA